UGGCCGGGGCCGAACGGUUUCCUUGACAGUUAGGCCGGCAGUGAUGGCGGAAGCAGGAGCUGGGGUUUUGGUGGAGGAGACGCUGCAGGUUUUCAGGGAUAAUUACCCGGGCUGCGAGCCAACUGUUGGUGUUGCAGCUCCGGGAAGAGUGAAUCUCAUCGGAGAGCAUACGGACUAUAACGAGGGAUUCGUACUGCCUGUGGCUCUUCCGAUGGUCACAGUGGUGGUUGGGUGUCAGAGUUCAAAUGGGAUCAUCUCAUUACUUACCACAGCAAAGGAGGCGGACGAACCAAGGCGACUGGAAUUUCCUGUGCUGACUGAAUCAAACCCUCUGAGUCCUGGGUUACCUUGCUGGGCUAACUAUGUGAAGGGAGUUAUCCAACAUUACAGGGCGGGCCCACUCCCUGGGUUUAAGGCGGUGAUUGCAAGUAACGUCCCAUUAGGAGGAGGACUGUCCAGUUCGGCAUCUUUGGAAGUGGCCAUGUACACCUUCCUACAGCAGAUUUGCCCAGACAAUGGGGAUUUAGUGGAAAAGGCCCUGGCCUGUCAGAAAGCUGAGCAUACAUUUGCCUCCAUGCCCUGUGGAAUCAUGGACCAGUUCAUCUCGGUAAUGGGGAAAAAGGAUCACGCCUUGCUUAUCGAUUGCAGGUCUUUGGAAGUGACCCCUGUGCCCCUCACUGAUCCCAGCCUGGUAGUCCUGAUCACAAACUCCAAUGUACGACACACUCUGACAGGCAGCGAGUACUCGACUCGCCGCAAGCAGUGCAAGGAGGCUGCAGAUGCACUCAAGAAAGAGACUCUCCGAGAUGUUUCUAUAGCUGAUUUGACAGCGGCCGAGUCACAUCUGGAUGCGGAAGUGUAUUGUAGGGCCCGUCAUGUGAUCAGUGAAAUCAAACGGACAACUGAUGCAGCCAAAGCUUUGACUUCGAGGGAUUACUGGGAAUUCGGGAGGUUGAUGGUGCAGAGCCACAAUUCACUGAGAGAUGAUUAUGAGGUUAGUUGCCCAGAGCUGGAUGAGCUGGUUGCUGCAGCGAUGGAUGGUGAGGGGGUCUAUGGCAGUCGGAUGACUGGGGGAGGUUUUGGCGGCUGUACGGUUACCUUAGUGGAUGCUGCAGCUGUGGAAAAUACAAUCCAGCGGAUUAAGGACAACUACAGUGGAACUGCGACCUUCUAUAUAACUAAACCAUCCAGGGGUGCCCAUGUACUGAAACUGUGAGGAGAGAUUCUCACCACUCACCAAUCAACAAAGCAACCUCGCCUGAUCCCUGCUUAUAAAAUAAAAAUACUCAGCAACAUGAGAGAGAAAACAUUCAUCGGAGAAACGGCUUAUCAAUAGCUGACUUACGCUGGGUGAUCGGAAUUGAAACCAGCUCACCCCUGGACCCAUUGGAGCUUCUGGUUUAGGAUAGAGUCAUGUACCACAGAGCCCAAUACAGCCAUAUUGUAACUAGCUUGCAGAAGUAACCAGUCCUUAACCCAGGUCCUCUAUGUUUAUACCAGGACCUGCUUGCUGCGUAUUAAACUUUGGAACCAAAGCAAGUAAAUGGAGCUGAGAUAUGGAUCAGCCAAGAUCCAACUGAAUGCUGGGACAGGCAUGAGGGGCUGAACAUCAUGUUCCUGUUUCACUGUUCCUAACAUUUUAUACUAGUCGAGAUUUCACAGUGCCUCUCUCCAAGCAUCGCUGCAUGCCGCAAUCUUUUGUGGGCAGAUUAAAUGGGCUUUUUCUUGAAGAAGUUGACUUCUACUGGCAUAUGAGUUGAUGGGCAUUAGAAACUUUCCCUCCCCUAUGAUAUUCAUGUAGCCAUUCUUUGUUAAAGUUUGGGGUACGUUUCAUGCAACAUCAUAGAUAUCUUGAUCUGCCACUCCAAUGUAGAGAUUAUGCUGUUGUACAAAUACUUCACAUAGUGGUCUGAAACAUUUUCUAUUUUAACCCUAGUAAUCCUUAAUUUCACAAAUGUGUUGUGCUCCAUGAUGUAUAAGAAGGUACUUGACUUUUUUUUAAAACAUUGACUAACUUCAGCCACAGAUUUCUUCAAAGAAAUGGGAUGACCUGCAGCUUCGAUGCUGUGCAUCCAUUCAAUUAGAUCAUGGAUGAUCUGCAUCUUAACUUCAUCUACCCACCUUGGCUACAUAAUUAUUACAACCUUAACCUAGCACCAUCAA